AUGAGGUUCUCAACCCUCUCUCUCGGCCUCUUGGCCCUCCUGACACCCCUUGUGGCCGCGUGGUCCAAAGAAGACCACGAAAUCUUCCGCCUGCGCGACGAGAUCAUCACUCAUGAAGGCGCCAACAUAACCUUCUACGACUUCGUUGGUGUCACGCCCUCCGCCUCGCAGGACGAGAUCAAGCGCGCCUACCGCAAGAAGUCCAAGACCCUACACCCGGACAAGGUCAAGUCCCAAAUCCAAGCCCGUGCCAACAAGGCCAAGAAAUCCAACACGCCGACCAAGCCACCUACACAGUCCGAGAUCAAGGCCGCUAUCAAGGACGCCGGUGAGAGGCAGACGCGUUUGGGUGUUAUUGCCAACAUCCUGACCGGUCCCGAGCGCGCCCGUUAUGACCACUUCAUUUCAAAUGGCUUCCCGACAUGGAAGGGCACUGGCUACUACUACAGCCGCUACAGACCUGGUUUGGGAACGGUCUUGAUCGGUGUCUUCCUUGCAGGUGGCGGCGCCUUCCACUACCUUGCGCUGUAUCUGGGCUGGAGAAGCCAGCGCACAUUCAUUGAGAGGUAUAUCAAGUUUGCACGUCAUGCCGCAUGGGGCGAGAACCUCGGCAUUGCAGGAGUUGAUGCUGGUGUCACUGCUCCUGCCCCCCCACCUCAAGCCCCGGACACGGAAGAAGAGCAGGGACAAAUGAUGCCUACGAACCGCAAGCAGAGACGUGAACAGGAGCGCAUGGCCAAGAAAGAAACCGCCAAAGAGGGCAAGCGUACGGGCGCCCGUGGUCGUGCUGCUAAGAAUACCAGCAGCGGCAGUGCCACGCCUGUCCCGCAGACUCAACCCAGCAAUGGCGAGGGACCUACCGGUGCGAAGAAGCGUGUCGUUGCGGAAAACGGCAAGGUUCUCGUCGUGGACUCGCUCGGUGAUGUCUACCUGGAGCAAGAGGAUGAGGAUGGUAACGUGCAGGAGUUCCUGCUUGAUCCCAACGAGAUGCCAAUUCCCACCAUUCGUGAUACCGCUCUUGUCAGGCUGCCAGUUUACGUAUUCCGUCGCGUCUUUGGCAAGAAGGAUGUUGUCGAGGAAGACUUUGAGGAAGGGGCUAGUGAGGACGAUGGAGACAUUGUUGAUGACGAUUCGGAUAUUCCGCAGCGCACCCCUAGCAGCACGGAUGACGAUUUCGAGUUGCUUGACCCUACACAGAGUGUGCAAGACCUUGCCAAGGCCACUGGGAGCAAGAGUCAGGGAAGCGGUAAGGCGAAGAAGCGAGGCAACAAGAAGCGAUAG